CGAAACAAAACAAUCCACUGCAGUUUCACCACGUCAAAGAACUGUGAAAGGAUUUGGUGCAGAUUUUCCGUUCUAAAAAAUCGCGUGGAUUGGCGUGAAAUUUAUUAAAGAAUCUAGCGACAAUCGUUGAAAUGAGUAGUAGCAAUCAAUAAUUGUUGUAAGUAGAAGCGUGUGCUAGCAAAAUUGUUAAAAUAUGUGUUGUGUUUGUGGAGAACAAUCGCCCGACCUGAAAAAUGGGCUCCAGAAGCAAUCCCGCUCAGCGAGGAGAAGCGCAUCCAAGAAAUGGCGCUACCAAAUGAAUAGCUUUCACUAUUUCGUCAUCUUCGCCAGUGGUUCGUUGUUUUCCGGGCUGAUGUUCGGUUUGCUGAAUUACGCUCCCAAAUAUGUGCUGCUGCCAACGAGAAGUGCGCCACAUCACCUUCCGGAUGGGAAGUUUCUGCAGAUUUCGGAUGAAGCGCGGGUGAUGGAACCGUAUUUCCCGGCGGUUCGAAUGGCCGGAAGAUUGGGGGAUGGUAAUAAUGGCAGUGGCAAGAUCCGGACUGAGCCGCAUGACACCAACGAGCAGGAAGCGCUCAGUUCCUUGAAGGUGGCCAUUGAAAUGAAAACGAUGGGGAAGGAUGACAAAGCGGCCAGAUUGUUCCAACACGCUUUGGCCCUGUCCCCUAAGCAUCCGGAGAUUCUGACCAAGUAUGGGGAGUUCUUGGAGCACAACCAGCAGGACGUCGUCAGGGCGGACCACUAUUACUAUCAAGCACUGACGGUAAAUCCAUCCCACUCGGAAGCGCUGGCAAAUCGACAGAGGACGGCGCAAAUCGUGGAACAUCUGGAUCAGAAACGGUUCGAGCGGUUGGACCAAAAGAGGGACGCCUUGUCUUCGGUUUCGGACACCAAUAUGGCUCUGAAGAGGGCCGAGAAGGAGGCUUACAUUCAGCACAUCUAUCAUUCGGUGGGCAUUGAGGGGAACACGAUGAGUUUGGCCCAAACCCGGUCGAUCCUGGAGACGCGAAUGGCCGUCGAUGGGAAGAGUAUCGAUGAGCAUAACGAAAUUCUAGGCUUGGAUGCGGCUAUGAAGUACAUUAAUGCGACGUUGGUUAACAAAAAUGAUUUUAUAACGUUAAAAGACAUCUUGGAAAUUCAUCGACGCGUUCUGGGUCAUGUGGAUCCCAUCGAGGGAGGCGAGUUUCGUCGUUCGCAAGUUUACGUCGGUGGCCAUGUGCCGCCCGGUCCCGGAGAUUUGUCCAUUCUGAUGAACCAUUUCGAGAGCUGGCUCAACUCGAAGCAGGCUUUUCUGUUCCACCCGGUCAAAUACGCAGCCAUGGCCCAUUACAAACUGGUCCACAUUCAUCCAUUCAGCGAUGGCAACGGAAGAACUUCGCGGCUUCUAAUGAACACCUUGCUGAUGCGUGCCGGCUAUCCUCCGGUCAUCAUUCAGAAACAGCACCGCCACAAAUAUUACGACUAUCUGCAGGUGGCAAACGAAGGGGACAUCCGGCCGUUUGUACGGUUUAUAGCGGACUGCACCGAACGGACGCUGGAUUUGUAUCUCUGGGCAACAAGUGAACUUUCACAUCCGGUCCCGCUGCUGGCGCAGGAAACUAUGCCAGAUGGCGUGCCGCUGAUAAAUAGUUUCGAGAAGGAGUCGACAAUCGAAGGAAGCGGCGCAGGUGAAGCUAUUCGGAUAGGAACCAUUUGAUAUUUGCUUGCCUCCGUGCUAACAAUUGCGAUCGUGAUACUGUUGCUACGCCAAAACGCCCAGCUAAUUGUAAUGCUGAUUGCAAUCUAGAACAAAAUGCGAAUGUUCCUUUUGCCUCGAAACCAAAUGUCAGUCCCUGGAAAGAACGUGGAACGUGGUGAGUAUCUAUAAUGUAGCUAAAUCAAUUUUGUAGAAUGUUAGAAUGAUUUUAAAACCAGUUCAGUCCCGAGCUACAUUUACAAUUUCUAGUUGAGGGCAGUCACAACUACUAGUAUAAUAUGUUACCAAAACCUUUUAAAAUCCAUUAGUUAUGCAUUGUGUCUCCAGUUUUGGAACGGUAACUUAUUAUAUGCUAACGUUUUAUAUGUCUGUAUAAAUUGUAAAUAAAGAGUUAAGUUUUAUUGAAGAUA